AUGGGGGGCGUCGCCCAGGCCGCCGGGACCCCGCGGCCCCCCCGGCGGGGAGGCCGCCGGGAGGGCGGCGCGGCCGUGCUGGCGGUGGGCCUGCUGGCGCUGGCGCUGCGGGCGGUCGGCUCGCCGGGCUUCCUCGCACGCGGGGCGCCCCGCCUUGCCGCGAGGUGGCCGCUGCCCUUUGGCCCGCCGCCGCCCGCCAGAG